CUUACUAUCAUCAAAUCACAAUCAAAUAUUCAUGGAAGAGUGCAACUAUAUAUUCGCAUGUCUCCCAGACAAACUCAUCGGUGAAAUUCUGAAAAAACUUCCUGCUAAGUCUCUAAUGAAGUUUAAGUGCGUUUCUAAAUCCUUUAACUCCCUUAUAUCAGAUCCUUCAUUCAUUGAAUCACAUCAAAAAAGUUACAUGACUGAAUUCUUCAUAAAUCGUCUAAGAAUGGAAUAUUAUAGAUUAUCAAAAACUGAUGAAGACCUAUCUACUUGUCCCCUUGAAUACUUAGAUCAAUCAUGUUUUCGAAAUCUUAAAUACAUGCAAUCAACCAAUGGCCUAGUUUGUCUAUGGAACAAUCAUGGAGAUAUUGCUAUUUGCAAUCCUUUUAUAAAACAACACAUCUUUCUUCCUCGUCAACAACAUUACAGCAGGACGAUUUACGCCAUUGGUUUUGAUCCUACCACCAAAACACAUAAAGUAUUUAAGGAAGAAAUAAUCUUUGAAAGUGGUAAGGUGAUGUAUUCGAUUUUCACCAUUGGGAUAGAUAAAUCGUGGAGAGAAAUUAAUGGUUGGAUCAAUUUUCGCCCCAUGUUUGAGAAUAGUGUUUGCAUAGACGGAGUUAUUUAUUUCAUAAAUAAUUGCGUACGUAACGUAAUUGCAUUCAGUGUUAGACAUGAAAAAUUUAUUAGAAGGAUUCCAUUCCCUACAAAAGAAUGGCCAUUAAGGUGGUGUGAUUUUACUCCAAUAUUAGUAGAAACAAAGGGACAAGUUGCAAUUUUAGGUCAUGUAUAUUUUGAUUUUGGGAAAAUUGCUUUAUAUAUUCUUAAUGGUACUAGUGAAAUUGAGCCAUGGGUGAAACAUAUAAUUGAGUUACCAUUAGAAUAUAAAAAUAUAACUCGAUCUCUUAGUUUUUUAUCAACCACCAAUCCAAAAGGAGAUAUAUUGUCAAUUCCAGAGACUAAGAAUCCACCAUUGUUCUUAUAUGACGAUGAAAAGAAAGAAUGGAGAAUAGUUGCAAAAAAUAGAAUUUAUGCACAAAGUUUACAUAUUCGAGAUGGGGCUCAAAUUUACCUAAGUCUUGUGGAGAGUAUUUGGCCCUUGAAAUAAUUUCUACGAUGAGUCAAGGAUUUGCUGGGAGUUUCGGAUCAAAGAAGAGGCAGAUCAAAAUAGUUCGUCUAAUUUAAAAUAGGAAGAACUGUAUAGAUUUUAUCAGUUUUUUUUUUAUUUAUGAAGAGAAGUACUUCCUCUGUUCCUAUUUAGUUGUCCACUUUAGAAAAGACACACACAUAAU